AUGUACAAAAUAUUUAUUCUGAAAAUUUUGAAAUUGCUGAUUUUAAUAUUAUCAACUCAGCCCUAAUUUAACUUUAAAGAUAAGCUUAAAUAUUCACUUAAUCUAAGUACUAUUUAAUGAAUUUUAUAAUUCAAGAAAAUAUUAUUAUUGUUUCUCAUUCAGAUUCAUUUGCUUCACUAAUUCAUAUUGAUAACAAAAUUUAGACUUAAAUAAUAUUAGUAAAUAUAUAAAUUAAAAGAAAUUAAUUGCAUAAUUAUGGAUCAAAUUUAUUCAUAUUUUCAACUGUAGGUAUUAAAUUAAAUUGUUCUUCUGGAGAUGUAAUAAUGGAAUCAAAUUUAAUUUUGCAACAAAUUCAACAGAUUAUAUAAUAAACAUUUUUGCAAAAACUAUUCUUAUGAAUUAUAUUAAAUUUUUUAAUAAUUCUGUUUAUGCCAUAUAUUUGCUUUUGAAUAAUAUUAUUCAUAGCUUCCCUAAAGAUGAGAUAGUGAGGAUUGAUAAUUUAAAGAACAUCUUUCAAAUAAUUAGUCAGAUGAGAAAUUCCUAUCUUUAAGCAGAAACUAUAAAAAUAAAAAAUUGCUAAGUAGAAAAUUCAUCGGGGAAAAAUGGAGUUGGGUUUACAUAAAAGAUCUAAAAAAAAAUACAAAAAUAAUAGAUGUUACUUUUAAAAAUUUGA